CCCCUCUAGAUCGAUUUGGCUAGAAGGGAUACAGGCAAUUCAAUACCGCAUUCUUUUUGUCACGCUGACAAUAGUUGAUUAAUAUAUAUAUUUUUUAUUGUAAGGUUAGGUUUAGGGUAGGCGUUAACUAAUGUAAUUUAUUGUAAUUAUAUGGCGAGGUUGUGAACCAUUUCCGGCCGUAGCUGUGUCCCUUCUAGCCACAACCUUCUAAGUUAGAUGGUGGCGGAACGUGCACGCGCUGAAACGGGAAUGGCUGCCCUAGAUCGGCGGAUUUCCAUUCUUGAUUUUGUAGGGCAAAGCUGGACCUCUUGGAUCGACAAAGUGGCCCUAUCCACACCGGAGGUGCUUAUUAUAGGGACCUCUCUGGAAGAGUGCGGCAAAAAUGUGAAGAAAAAGAUGGAGACGACUACUCUUAAAAAAGAGGACAUGUCUAUAUAUGGUCACUGCCCAGCACAUGAUGACUUUUUCCUGGUGGUGUGCAUCCAUUGUGGUCAGCUGGUGAAACCACAAGCUUUUGAGAGACAUUGUGAGAGUCGACAUAGUCCCUUCAGCAAGCUCUACGGCCUUUCAUCCAACUGCUCUCCAGACCGGCCCCAGCAGGGUAAACCCCCUUCCCAGCAUGGCAGCCUCUGUGAGGGUCAAGACAGGAGGCACCAGGAUGCCAGAGCCCCACGAGUCCCACCACCACACUCUCCCCACCAGGGACGCUCCAAACCACAGCGUGAAGUACACAGUAUUCAGCAGGUGGAUAACAUUUUCCAUGGAACACCUGCAUCACCUUUGCAUUUUUCCACCCCCGGUCCCAGAGACCCACACCAUCGGGGACCCACUCCACCAAAAGCACUCCCACCAGCUGAGAAACCUCUCCAGAAGAGUUUGGAUUUUCACAGUCCCCAUCAUGGAACAAGAACAUACAGCAGAACUUACAAAAAUGUCCUUAAGAAAGAUUGUGAUUUGGACAAGCACUGUGGGGUGAUGGAUCCCGAGAGAAAGAAACUGUGCACAAGACUGCUUACGUGUAAUAUACACUCUGUCCACCAGCGCCGAAAGGUGGUGGGAAGGAGCAAAGCCUUUGACCAGCUUGUAACAGAACUAAAGAUGAACUCAAAGCCUCGAGAGCGCCCCCCUCUGCCCAAAGAGGUUACUGGUGGAGGCUUUGCUCAGCUUGGAUCUCAGUGCACUCCCCUGCACUCCAAAUGCCAAAUUCCUAACGCUUCUGUUCUCAGGUCUAUGACUCCAUCAGACAGUGCUGUAGAAAUGAAGCAGAAGGUCAUGCGCUCUGAGGAGUUGCAGUUGGAGUCUCUCUCAGCGGGUUUCUCCAGUGAGGAGAAUGAUGAUGAGAACCGCGAAGAAUUUGUUCAUCUGCCUUUGAGCAUUUGCCACCCGAAACCCCUAGGGUUUUGUACCUUCGGAGCAUGUGUACUUGGGCGUAGCAUGUUAGCGUUCGACAGAAGGCUGCUUCACCUGCGCUCAGCUUUCACUGCCAUGAUUGAGCAGCACCUCAGCACUUAUCUGUGGAAGAAAAUGCCUCAGGUCUCAGAACUAUGUUCUUAUCAACCCCUUGUCACCACAAACACCUGCAAUUCUAAUAAUGCCACAAACAGCUCACGUCCCAGCCAUAAGAACCCUUCUCUUAGGACUAGCACCUCAGGAAAAUCAGAACUCCAGCCUAUAAACUUAACAACCCCCUCCAAACUACCAACAAAAUCCCAGUCAGUCUCAGGUCCUGGUCGGCCACGCAACCCUGUGGGUCAGACCAGGAAACAAUCUUUGCAGGCCACAUUCAGGGAGCUUCAGGAUAGUCCCACAGCCAGUAAGCGGCGGAAAUCUCCCCUAGGGGAUGAGGAAUUGCCAAGACAGGGCAAAAUCUUGUACAGAACCGCAACGUCAUCUCCACAUGGACCGUUCAAUGGCACACCUAGCAGUAAACCACAUCCAUCAGUUUAUGCCACUGAAAUAAAGGGGCUGAUCAAGCAAAAGCCCACCCACAUGACCUCUCCUCCUCCCUCAGAAUCUGAUGAAGGAGAAGCCUCAGGGCCGAAUCACAGGACGCUGGGGUAUGAGAAUAAAGGCAGGAAACGUAAGACCAGCAGCGCCUCUCUUCCCAAAAACACUUCAUGUGCCCCAAAAUCCAGCAUCCUCUUCUCUCUUUCCCAAACUCACUCCAGUCUGGCUUCCUGGGGUGGAGAUGGCAGACCAGGUUCAAACUCUCACACUGUGCCAAAAAAACCUGGCGCACAGAAGCCAAAGCUUCUUCACUGAGGGAGUCUGCCUUAAACUGCUCCAGAAGCACAGGCUUACUGCCAUGUAUUUGCCACAGACAUUAUGCACAUGAUGGACUAUAGAGGACUGUAUAUAUGCUUUUGUAUCCUAUAUUUAUAUGUGAGUGAAUGUAUAGGUGGGUAACCUGCAACUCAAUACCUCAUGAUCUUCUUUAUGCUGCUAAACUCCAACAUGUUUGUUUUCUCGUUGUAAAUGAAUGGAGAUUAUUGAUCCCACCACUAGAUGGCACUAGACAUUCUAAUUGUACAUAUGCGACCCAACGAAAAUCAAUAUGUCAUUGAAAACCUGUAUAUAAUUCUUCUGUUGAACACUAAAAAUAUAUUUUUUAGAAAUGUC